AUGAAAAAACAAUUAAAACAAAACGGAUUUGCCGACCACGAACCUCAACGGUUAAAAUUGCGAGAUUUUUCUCACGAAGAUCCUGCUUGGGAAUUGGCCGACUAUAUCGACGAUGAUGGCCAAGAGCCAAAAGCAAGGAGGCAUAUAUCAGAUGAAUUAACAAGAGACAAAAAAAUAAUUCCUGUGGAGGAUAAUAAAUUAAAAAAACCCAAAAAAUUGCCUUGGUGA